UCACUGUUGAGUAUUUAUGCAUGUAGUUUCAUGCAGACACAGUCAAGUGCUGCUGCUGAUGCCGUUAUGCUGCCUCCUGUCCUGCAAGCUGCACUUCACUUUCAGAUGCUGCUGUUCAUCCUGAAACACCAAUGAAGCAAUGCAAAAAGUGCUUUUUACGUUUUUGAGCGUAAACGAAGCAAAGGAUAAACCCAACAUAAAUCAAGUUGCCGUCGCUUCAAAAGUUGUUGUACUUUUGAACUGGGUGAGAGAUCAUCCGUGAAAGUGUCUUCUCAGUAGCAGCAUGACCUCUCCACCUCACAGUGCAACGACAGAGCCUUCGUGGACUAUUGGACCUACAGAACUGGAGAUGAGCGAAGCUCUGCACAUGCGAAAUGACAGUGCGUGGUUCGGUAGGAGUCCCUCGGCGUCCGCGGAGCCGGCAGUGAUCACUCAACGCCAGGCAUCUCACCUCCAUCCCCGCAUGUCCGUGUACAGCGCCACACGUCCCACUUUCUCUAGAUCCUAUUUUCAAGGACGUGUAUAUAAUUUCUUGGAGAGACCAUCGGGUUGGAAAUGCUUUGUGUAUCAUUUUACAGUAUUCCUCAUUGUGCUUUCUUGCCUGAUCCUCAGUGUGCUGUCCACCAUUGAUGAGUAUCAAACUCUGGCUAAUAAAACACUAUUCUGGGUGGAAUUAGUGCUGGUAGGGUUCUUUGGUGUUGAGUAUGCGGUACGUCUGUGGUCAGCCGGAUGCCGGAGUAAAUAUGUGGGAAUUCAGGGCAGGCUUCGCUUUGCCCGAAAGCCCAUUUCCGUUAUUGACCUGAUUGUGGUGGUGGCUUCCAUUGUUGUAUUGGCAUUUGGCUCUAAAGGUCAGGUAUUUGCCACCUCUACUGUCAGAGGAGUCCGCUUCCUUCAAAUCCUGCGAAUGCUGCAUGUGGAUCGACAGGGAGGAACCUGGCGGCUUCUUGGAUCAGUAGUCUUUAUUCAUCGGCAGGAACUGAUCACAACUCUUUAUAUUGGAUUCCUUGGGCUCAUCUUCUCUUCCUACUUUGUGUACCUGGCAGAGAAGGAUGCAGUGGAUGAUAGAGGUUUCACAGAGUUUAGCAGCUAUGCUGAUGCUCUGUGGUGGGGUGUGGUAGGUGACAGUAACCACUAUUGGCUAUGGAGACAAGGUCCCUCAGACUUGGAUAGGGAAAACCAUUGCAUCAUGUUUCUCUGUCUUUGCCAUCUCCUUUUUUGCCCUCCCUGCUGUAAGUUACAAAGAUUUAAUAGCCAGAACAAUUGUUCCUCGCACAGCAGGCCAGUGUAUGAGAAGAAUGAUAGUAUUUCCCCACAGGGAAUCCUAGGCUCCGGUUUUGCUCUGAAGGUGCAGCAGAAACAGAGACAAAAACACUUCAACAGGCAAAUUCCUGCAGCUGCAUGUCUGAUACAGGCAUCCUGGAGGUGUUUUGCCUUAGAGAACCGUGAUUCUGCCACCUAUAAGUUAUUUGUGAAAAGGAACAUGAGCAGCUCAGUGUCCAGCCCUAAAUUAAAGGUGAAGAUGAGGAAGAAAAUGAAGAGUAAUGACAAGGAUGAUGGACCGAGUUCUCCCACCAUACCUUCAAUAACCUAUGACUCCUUAGAUGAUGGGAAGGAUGGUGGAUCAGAUACAGUGUGCAGUAUUCAACAGUCAGAAGGGGCAAACACACACAGAAGAUGUGAGCGGGUGCCAUCCUGGAACUCUCUAUCCUCUUUCCAGUUCUCUACACCACCAGGGAGAAAGUCUGGGAUUUUGGAAGUGCAGCCUCGGCCCACGCUCCAGAGGAGCAGCAGCAUCGCAGAUGAUAUGGAAACCGAGCUGGAGCGGGAGAUUUCGCUCGUUCCAGUCACUCAUGUGUCUCAGUUGCGGGAUUCCCAUCGAGCUGCUAUUCGUGUGAUCCAGAGAAUGUUCUACUUUGUGGCCAGAAAGAAGUUCCAGCAAGCACGUAAGCCGUAUGAUGUGAGGGAUGUCAUUGAGCAGUAUUCACAGGGUCAUCUCAACCUCAUGGUGCGCAUCAAGGAGCUACAGAGAAGACUGGAUCAGUCCUUAGGGAAGCUGUCCCUCUUCCAGACUAGUUCAGAGCGCAUGAAAGACAAAGGCAUAAAUACUAUUGGCUCCAGACUCAACAGGAUGGAAGAGAAGAUCACACACAUGGACAGGACACUGAACAGCAUCGCAGAAUCUCUCAACCUCAUGUUGGCGAGGGAGAGACGAGGAGAUCUGGCCAGAGGGAAGGAACUGCGUAGCAGCUUCCACCGCCAAUCAGCCACCUUCAGCCUGUCAGUGCCGAGCAGACAGGACAGCCUGACCAGCUCUGAGCAACUGUCCGCACCAACUGUUAUUCAUGAGGACAGCUGAGUCGCUAAAGCAGCACUAAACCACAGAGUGCCUGAUACUGAGUCAGUUUCAGCCAGAAUUAAUAUACAAGAUCAGGUUUGGCUCAGGUUCAGCAUCAGCUGAGUUUAAGAUAUCGUUUUGUCUGACUAAUCCUGUUCAUCUUUAUAUUUCUUCAGACAGCUGAAUUUCUUUUGAAGCAACGAGACGUUUAUACGUAUUUUUAGAAUACCAUUGUUUAAGUAUGAUUUUGAGUUUUUGAUAUUGUUUAUUCAGUUAUUUUCUUAUUAAAGAAAAAAGGUUUUUCCAUACUUUUUGUGAGUGGUUUGACUACUUCUGCUCCACACUCUUAAAAAUAAAGGUCCUAAAAGGGGUUUUGCUGUGAUGCCAUAGAAGAACCAGUGGGUUCCCAAAAGAACCUUUCAGUCAACAGUUCUUAAAAGAACCAUUUUCUUAGUGUGAAAAAUAUUAUAACUUUUUGAACUAUAUAGAAGUUUUUGUGCUGUGUAAAGUUUCCAUGGAUUCUAAAGAUUCUUCAUGGAACUAUAGAUGCCAUUAAAGAACCUUUAUUUUUUUGGAAUACAAAUGUGAACAUUGUGACCUUAUUUUGGAGGGUUAUGAAUUUCUGAAUGUUUUUAAAUGAUUUCUGUUGUCAGGAACAAAAUAUGUGCUCUCUGCUCUUGUUUAUGAAUCACUAAUAAACAUUUAGAGGCACACAAAUUUUAGCAGCAUAAAAACUUAGCUCUGUCCUCUCAAUCAUGUUUGUAUGUUUAUUCACCAAUAUGAAUGUACUAGUUAUUGUAAAAAAACAAAUACUGUAUCCUACAAACACUACUGAUUGAAUUCUCCAGUAAAAUCCAAACUGUGAUUUUUAUGAAGUGCUGUGUCAAAAACGCAACAUUGACAAAAGUUCU